UCGCCAUUCUCGCCCCGAGGGAUUUCCUUGUGUCGCAUUUCUCCUCUCUCACAUGCGCCUCACCCUUCGUGCAGUUUAUAAGGCUUCGAACCCCGUAUACUAUCGGUGUUCGUCUCUUCGUGUCCCACCUGCCGGUCGAUCAUUGCAUUUGCACCUGCGAUCCAGUAUCCACCCCAGGUACCGCUGAUUUGGUCUGAUUGGGACUGUACACACUUCUUCUUCAUGCCCUUAAAUACUUGAAUACCCUCGGCUACUUAAACACAACCACAGGACCAGUUCAAACACUGGGUCUCAUCAACCAUGACAUCCCCGCCCUAUACCCUCUACUUCGGGACGUUUGUUCACCUCCCGAGGGAGAAAACAGGGCUGAACCACGAGCUCGCGAUCCAGCAUGGCGCGCUCUGGGUAUCUAAUGCCGACGGUCGCAUCCAGGGCUUCGAUUGGAGUGUUCACAGCGACGAGGACCUACUGGCCCUGGUAACGAGCAAGGGGUGGGUGGUGGAGGGUUCGAGUGCGUCUGGGUUCUCCAAAAGACCCAGAGUCCGGAUCGUCAAGGCGGAGAAGGAACGGAAUGAGUUCUUUUUUCCUGGUUUCAUUGGUACGUUUCUUAUACACCGGACGUCUUCAUUGUCCUUAUUCUGUUCUUGAGUCCAAUUUCUCAUAAACAAACGACUGACUCAUCCCUCAAAACCAGACACCCACAUCCACGCCCCCCAAUACCCCAACGCCGGCCUCUUCGGCUCCCUCACCCUCCUCGAAUGGCUCCAAACAUACACCUUCCCCAUGGAGAAAUCCUUCCAGGACACGCACCGCGCCCGCGCCGUCUACAACCGCGUCAUCGCCCGCACCCUCGCCAACGGCACCACCUGCGCCUCGUACUUCGCGACCAUCCACGUCCCCGCCACGAACCUGCUCGCCGACCUCUGCAAGCGCGCCGGCCAGCGCGCCCUCAUCGGCCGCGUCUGCAUGGACCGCGCCGACCAGACCCCGACGGACUAUCGGGACGAGAGCCCCGCGGCGUCAGUGGCUCUCACCCGCGACGUGAUCAACCACAUCCACACGAUCGACCCGAGCGGCGAGUUCGUGAAACCGGUCCUCACGCCGCGGUUUGCGCUAGCGUGCUCGGAAGACGCGAUGGACGGGGUCGCUGCGUUGGCGAAGGAAUUCGACCCCCCGCUACACAUCCAGACGCAUAUCUCGGAGAACAAGAACGAGGUGGCGGCCGUCGAGUCGAUCUACGGGAUGAGUUAUGCCGAUGUGUACGCGACGCAUGGGCUCUUGACGCCGCGCACGAUCCUCGCGCAUGCGGUCCAUUUGUCUGAGGCGGAGAAGACGACGGUCCGUGCCCGCGGCGCUAAAGUGUCGCAUUGUCCGGCGUCGAACUCGGCGCUGGGGUCGGGGAUUUGUCCGGUGCGUGGGCUCCUGGAUGCGGGCAUCCAGGUGGGCUUGGGGACUGAUGUGAGCGGCGGGUAUGAUGCGAGUAUAUUGGAGAAUGUGCGUCAGGCGUGUCUAGUCUCGAGAUUGUAUCGGCAUACGGACGCGAGCAUCACGGAUGACGAGGCGCAGAGGAUAGCGCUGAGUGUUGGUGAUGCGCUGUAUUUGGCGACUAGGGGCGGCGCGGAACUCGUGGACUUGGCGGACGAGGUCGGUGGAUUUGAUCUAGGGAUGAGCUGGGAUGCGCAGUUGAUUUCGUUGGGUGGGGAUGUCUCAGGGCUGGGGACAGGGGGCGGGGAUGAGAAUCGGGUGGAUGUUUUUGGGACAGAGAGUUGGGGAGAGAAGGUCGAGAAAUGGGUGUGGAAUGGCGAUGACCGGAAUGUGCGUGCUGUGUGGGUGCGUGGGAAACUGGUCCAUCGACGGGGUGGUGGUCUGCAGAAAGACUGCAGUGCUGAGGACUCUUCCUGGAGCUGGCUUUGGGGAGUCGGUGCGGCGACUAUUGGGGCUUUCAUUGCGUUGCGGAGAUCGAGGUGAUGGACAUACUAUAGAGUGCAUGCAUACUUAGAUGGGUGUUAGUUUGGAUUAUACCAUAUGUACAAUAGCGUCAUGGUUAGACUACUAGUGAAUUCGGCUUCUGAAGAAGAGAAGC